AUGGCACAUAUGGAUGACUGCAGAGAGUUUUGGGAUCUCUUCGAGAAAGGGAAACUUUCCUGCACCAGAGAAAAUGACCCUGUCCGGGAUUCCUCUGGGAAGCAACACAGCAAUAAGUGCAUCAUGUGUGCAGAGAAGUUCAAAAGGGAGAAUGAGCAGAAGUUAUCUAAAAACAGACAAGGAAAAGAUAAGGAUGACUGCAGUGAGUAUCGCUCCCAGUUUGAAGCUGGUGGACGACUGUCCUGCACAAGGGAGAACGACCCUGUUCGGGAUUCCUCUGGCAAGCAGCACACCAACAAAUGUCUCAUGUGUGCUGAUAAGUUCAAAAAGGAAGCUCAAAGAGGAGGUCAGUCUGGUGGAACUGCCCAGCGCAACAAACCGCUCACUUCGGAGAGAACAAACCAGAAGAGCUGCGGUGGUUCAGGAUCACAGCAGGGUGUGAAUGAGAGACGUCCCUUCUCGUCGAACAGAGGCCCACAAGGAAAUAUGGCUCAGAGCGGCAGGAACUGCAACCUGGCACCUGGCCACAAGGCGCAGAACAGAGACACCGACACCUACCAGCUGCUGGACUGUGAUCGAAUUCUGCACGGGGUAAAGGGUGGAAGGAUUUUCUGCAGCAAAUCCUCACAACCAGUCUGUGGCACUGAUGGGAAAACAUACAAAAAUGAAUGUGACUUGUGUUCAGCUGCCAUGAGAGCUUCAAACUACAUCACGGUAAACUAUCGAGGUGAAUGCCGAAAGCCUGCACCUGAAGUGAAAUAAUGGAGUUCAAACUGCCAGCAAACACCAGGGAUCUGCUGUGACCAAAGGGCAAGUAAAGGAAGAGUUGAUGUCAAGCAUCAGGGGAGCUGCUGAGUCCCCAGGACUGCCAGAGCUGCCUUCAUUCC